AUGACCUUCGAAGUUAUAUCCGCGCCUUCUGAGAUUACUGCGGCGAUAUUCAACGGCCAGCUGAUUUCUACAUCAGUUAAUUCACAAGGAAAAUUAAGUGGCGCUGUUGCGUUUAUGCCUCCGACACUCUCGCUACCCAACUUUUCUGAGCGAAGGUGGUACUCCUUGCACUCUCUGCCCGAAGUUGACGAGGCUUAUUCUGACGAAGCCUGGCCAAUAUGCUCAACCCCGUCGACAAGCAAUCCUCAGCUCAACCUGUCGACACCCACCUCCCUUGAUGCGUCUGAUUACGGGUUUCACACGUCGUUGCUUCUCUCCUGUGGCCGUUUUGCAGCCACCCGUUCUGAAACAUCCGCUUUUCUGAAUGUCAGCGGCGGCUGGAUCUUUGGACAUUCAGUGUGGCUUAGUUCGACGUAUUUGGGUUCGUGGAUCGGUGGACCGAGUAACAAGACAGAGGCGGAAACAUUCGUCUUCCCGAAUGGUCUUGUUGCAGGAGGCAAUUAUGUUUUGACAGUCUUGAUCGACCGCGUGGGCCAAGAGGAAGAAUCACCGGGGACAGACGCGAUUGAAUCGCCUAUGGGCAUCCCCAGCUACUCACUUUCAAAUCGGUCAAAGACAGACAACGCUUGGAAAAUCCAAGAAAACCUAGGAGGAAAACAGUACUUGGACAAAUCGCGCGGCCCACGUAACGAAGGAGAGCUCUUCAUCGAAAGAAUGGGCUAUCAUCUACCAUUGCCUCCGCCGAGCGUCGAGUUUCUCACCACCAACUUUACACUCGACUUGCUACAAGGCUACGACGUCCCGAAGCCCUUCUUGUUUGGAACAACUCCAAUUUUGGCGGUCCUCACUACCGAGCCCUGCUUCGAAUCAACGGGUGGCAGUUUGGAAAGUACAUUUCUCAUCUAG